AUGGGCUUCAUGAAGCUUUUAGACAACUAUGAGAGAUCUACUGGUGUGGCAGAGAGGGUGACCGCUGAGGAGGUGACUGAAAAUAACUCUUUUCUUGAUGCUGUCUUGGAGACAGCAGUCAUGAAGAGCUGCCACACCAAGAAUGUGGAAGGGUGUAUAAUGAUGAUUCUGGGGGUCAUUCGUUUAGAGCAUGUUUCGUGCCUGAUUGGAAAGGGAAAAUCACGCUCUGAUCUGAGACCGUUUAAGAGUCAGUUGUACUACAUGUGGUUCCGCCUUUAUCAUAGAGACAGAAAUGGAGGGGAGGACUCCAGUGGAUUUGAGCAUGUGUUUGUUGGGGAAACCAAGUUUGGCAGAGAAAUCAUGGGUCUUCACAACUGGGUCCAGUUUUACCUGCAAGAGAAGCAAGAGCUUCUCGAUUACAAGGGCUACAAAGCCAGGGACAAUGAUGCGCCUAAUGAAGAUGACCAUGUCUUGAAUGUGCAGUUCAGCUGGCAUGGUUUGGUCAAACCAGUGGCCAGCGCCUUUGUUGGUGUGAGUCCUGAGUUUGAAAUGGCCAUCUUUACCAUCCUGUUCCUCACGUCCACUGAGAAGACCACCACAGCCGUGGUCAAUCUGGAUGAGUACCAGCUGGAGAUGGUGGUGCAUAGACACGGCCGCUCUAUUGGGACCGCUUAUCCCAAACUGCUGAGCAGCAACAACAGACACGUAUAAAUCCCACAUACUGUAUUACCCUGGCCAUAGCUUUCAAGCUUUUUUACAUUUUUUCUAACAUUUUUUAAAAAGAGUUUUUAAAGGCAUAUUGUAAUUUGACAUAAGUAGACAUUUGUUUUGUAUUGAAGUCGAUGCUAGAUGCUUUUUUACUUCACUAAUAUGUUUAACAGACUACAGUAUGCUCAUUUACAGAGUUUUGUUUUCACUGAAAUUUUAAUCUGAGCAAAUAUUUUAUUUCCUCAGAAUUGCCUUUAAUACAAUGGUAAUUUCUUAUAUCUUUUGUAUCUGUUUGCCUAUUUUGACUAUGCUGUUGUAUACAUAGCUGGUCAUGGAAACUAGA